CCUACCACCACUUCCUUCCAGUGAGAGAGAGAGAAAGAAUGGAUUUCUCCUUGCUUCUUCAUUCAUGUGUGUAUGUGUGUCUACGCUACUGCUAAAUGGAUCCUGCAGUAUAACCGACUUUUUUUUUAAUUUCUUUCUCCCCUACAGAUUUGGAUUACAAAUGCAUACUAGGGGUGACAGAGGAUGUACGUGCGUUUUUUUUCUCGUUUUUAUUGCUAUUGCAGAAUAAAUCCGCGCUAUGGAAGAAGUCAGAAAACUAAAGCACUGCACUGGGUUGAACUCUGCAGUGCUUAAUGAUCGGGAAGGAUGAAGAUAAAUGAAAACAUCAGUCUUUACUUUUAAAAAAAUCGAAAUUAAAAACAGAAAAUCUGCACGUGGAUGAAGUUGCAUGCUGAAGAAGAGGAAGACGAAGUGCUGAACUGGAGGAUCGGAGGAUCUGAUCUACAGAUGCACACAUGCAUGGAGAGAUCGAUUAAUGGAUACGUGCAUUUUUGUUGUUGUUAUUGCUGGUACGAGGAUAUACAUGUUUUUUUUCUUUUCUUUUUGAAAUGUUGCUUCUUUUUGCAGAAGCCUCUCCUUUGUAAUAUUGUGGCAAAGCGCUAAAGGUGGAGCAAUGCAGGGAAUGCGUGCAUGCAGCAUGAAACAGACCUCUCUAACCACCUGCUAAAUGUGUUUCACUCAACAUUUUUCUUUUUUCCUUUCUUUCCUUCUUUUUCUUUUUUCUCUGCCUAAUUUUGUCCUCCUGCACUUCAGAAAUCAAAGCGCGAGCACCCAGGGAUCUGUAGUGCGCAAGACUACGUAUCAGCCAUCAUUUUUUGGAAAUCUUCCGGGUUUUUUUUCCUAAUUAUUCCUAUCUAAAUGGAAGUAUUGGAAAUCGAAGACAGUGGUGAAAGGAGCAGACAUGGUUCAUGGGCGCAGUUUCCUUCACGUUGUUGCAGGUCUCCUUAUUGUUGGCUUGUCUGUUGCGACAAAAAAAGAAGCAGUAAGAAACAACUCAGGGGUCCAACCAGCAGGACAGUGUGGAACGUGGGUGAAAAAACCAGAGGGAGGACUCUUCACCUCCCCCAAUUACCCCAACAAAUACCCACCAGAGCGAGAGUGCAUUUACGUCAUUGAAGCUCCCCCGAGACAGUGUAUCGACCUCUUCUUUGAUGAGAAGUACUCAAUAGAGCCUUCCUGGGAAUGUAAAUUUGACCACAUUGAAGUGCGCGACGGACCUUUUGGCUUUUCUCCAAUAAUCGGACGUUACUGUGGCCAGCAGAGCCCGCAGUACAUCAGGUCGAGUGGCCGAUACCUCUGGAUAAAAUUUGUCGCGGAUGGUGAACUAGAAGCCAUCGGAUUUUCAGCGAACUACAACUUCACCACAGAUCCUGACUUUAAAGACAUGGGUGUCCCCAAACCUCUUCCCGCUUGUGAGUUUGAGAUGAGUGGACCCGAAGGCAUCAUUGAAUCACAACAGAUCAUCAGAGACGGUAAAGCUUUGCAGACGGAAGCUGUAGACUGCAAGUGGUUCAUCAGAGCUCCUCCUCGCUCUAAGAUUUACCUGCGGUUCCUGGACUACGAGAUGCAGAACUCAAACGAGUGCAAGCGGAACUUUGUAGCAGUAUACGACGGCAGCGGCUCCGUUGAGGACCUGAAGUGUAAAUUCUGCAGCACAGUGGCCAGUGACGUGACGUUGAGAACCGCACUGGGUGUGGUGCGUAUGUGGGCAGAUGAGCACAGCCGCCGCAGCCGCUUCCGCAUCCUCUAUACCACCUUUAGAGAGCCUCCAUGCGAUGCUGACAUGUUCUUCUGCCACAGCAACAUGUGCAUCAACAACUCACUGGUGUGUAAUGGGAUCCAGAACUGUGUGUAUCCAUGGGACGAAAAUCACUGCAAAGAGAAAAGAAAAGCGAACAUCCUGGAUAACCUGAACAACACUAACGGCAGCAUCAUUGGCGUGACGUGCUGCAUCGUCCUCGUCCUCCUCGUCGUCUCGGUCACGGUGCAGAUCAAGCAGCCACGGAAAAAGUACGUGGUGCAGCGCGACGACUUUCAGGAAGCGUUCCAAGAAACACCCCGCCGCUACGACCUCGGUGACAUUGCUGAACUUACAGAUGAUGUCGAGACGACCUUCCAGAAGCGGUGCGUCCACGAGCACCACUGUGGCCGCGCCAAAACGGCGGCUGUGAUGGAUCCGCAUCAUCACCACCACCAUUACCAUCAUCAUCAUCACGAUAACCGGCGUAGCAUCGUGGUCAUGAAGCACAGCUACUCGCAGGAAGAAGCAGAGAUGGAGGACGAGCUUGAUGAGGAGGUUCCAACCACCAGCCACCGACUGGCCAGACACGACAAAGCAGUGCAGCGGUUCUGCCUCAUUGGGUCUCUAAGCAAACACGAAUCAGAGUACAACACGACUAGGGUGUAGGAGACGAUCAGGAGGUAAGAGUCCCUAAAAAAAGCAUGAUAUGGAUCAUUUCUUUCAAAUAUUAUGAAGCCAUUGUGAGUAAGUGCUUUUGUUUUUACCACCUGGAUGUUGCAUCAUCUUGCUUGCUGGUGAAGUUUUUUGUGAUAUAUUGAUUUUUUUUUCAUUGACAUUGUUAUUCUUUAUGUUUACACCUGUACAUGAUUUGCUUAUAUGCAUGGACUGUGUAGAUUUCAAUUUCAGCACUGUAUUGACUGAGCAAGAUUCAGCCAUAAGUUUAAAAGGUUAGAUUUUUGCAAAACAUUUUAUCAGAGGUCAUACAGCAGCAAGGUGUACAGUGAAACACUACAUAAGUAGAAGAUGAAAUAUGGAGGCAAGAACCUACUCAAGUUAAAGUUAAAACAACAAAAUUCUCCAUUUACAUAAUCAUAUAGUAUAUGCAAGAGUUAUGAAGAACAGGGCUGACUACAAGUGAUUCCAUUUAUAGAUCCUUCAUUAAUUAUUAUCUUUUUUUUUUUCGAACCUAGAAUUUUCCCUAAUGCUUAGAAGCCAUAUUAAAACAACAACCUGGACUACCUGGCUAAUUUUAAUUAAACUGCAAAAAUCAUGUUUAUAAAACACAAUUAUAAAAAGAUAAUUACAAAACUUAAAUAGCUCUAUAAUCUAUUUUUUGGUGAGAGUAUGGAGCAGGUUGAGAAGAGCUUGGAGAGGUGGAGGUACACGCUGGAGAGAAGGGGAAUAAAAGUCAGUAGGAGUAAGACAGAGUACAUGUGUGUGAAUGAGAG